UGAACCAGCGUGUGGAGAUUUGAAAUUGCACCGAUUGAAAGGAAGCUCAGGUUAGGCAAAGACGCCUCCAGAUGCACCCUUUUUAAAGCCACCCGGAUUGAAACAUCGAGCCUUCAGCUCCACAAAACGUUCACCUGGCCGGGCAGCCGGCGGCGGAGGAGCCCGGGAGCCCCGCACCGAGCGCUCGGAGCCGGGCGGAGAGCCGAGCGCGGCACCCGCAUCUCCAGGAUGAUAGGCGACAUUGCAGCACAGCUGCACACCCAGCCGCGUAGGGGGCUCAGAGCGGAGCGGCAAGUUCGGGGGUCGGCGCCCGCAACCGAGUGAAAGUGCAGCCCGGAGGGCGGCGCGCGGAAAUCUUGGAAAAUGUACACAAGUCACGAAGAUAUUGGAUAUGAUUUUGAAGAGGACCCCAAGGACAAGAAGACAAUGAAGCCCCACCCAAACAUUGAUGGCGGGUGGGCUUGGAUGAUGGUCCUUUCCUCCUUCUUCGUGCACAUCCUGGUCAUGGGCUCCCAGAUGGCCUUGGGUGUCCUCAACGUGGAGUGGCUGGAGGAAUUCCACCAGAGCCGCGGCCUGACGGCGUGGGUCAGCUCCCUGAGCAUGGGCAUCACCCUGAUCGUCGGACCGUUCAUCGGCUUGUUCAUUAACACCUGUGGGUGCCGUCUGACUGCGACCCUCGGCGGGCUGGUGAACUCCCUGGGCUGGGUGUUGAGCGCCUACGCCGCAAACGUGCAUUAUCUUUUUAUUACUUUUGGAGUGACAGCUGGCCUUGGCAGUGGGAUGGCCUACCUGCCGGCAGUGGUCAUGGUGGGAAGGUAUUUUCAGAAGAGACGAGCCCUGGCCCAGGGCCUCAGCACCACAGGGACAGGAUUUGGUGCGUUCCUGAUGACCGUGCUGCUGAAGUACCUGUGUGCUGAGUACGGAUGGCGCAACGCCAUGUUCAUCCAAGGUGCCGUGUCCUUGAACCUGUGUGUUUGUGGGGCGCUCAUGAGGCCCCUCUCUCCUGGGAAAGGCACCAGCCUGCCAGGAGGGAAAGAUCCCCGGGUCCUGCCAGCCUGCUCUACGGAGUCUGUGAAGUCAGCUGGACCACUGGGCAGAACAGAAGAAAAAGACAGCGGGCCCGGGAAUGAAGAGACCCUGUGUGACCUUCAAGCCCAGGAGUGCCAAGGUCAGGCCCGGCACAGGAAGAACGUGUGUGCUCUCCGGGUUCUGAAGACCAUGAGCCAGCUCACCAUGCGCAUCCGGAAGGGCUUCGGGGACUGGUACUCGGGUUACUUCGGGGCGUCCUCACUCUUUACUAAUCGAAUGUUCGUAGCCUUCCUUCUCUGGGCUUUGUUUGCGUACAGCAGCUUUGUCAUUCCUUUCAUCCACCUGCCAGAAAUAGUCAAUUUGUAUAAUUUAUCAGAGCAAAACGAUGUUUUCCCUCUGACGUCGAUCAUAGCAAUAGUCCACAUCUUUGGAAAAGUGAUCCUGGGUGUGGUGGCCGACCUGCCCUGCAUCAGCGUCUGGAACGUCUUCCUCCUGGCCAAUUUCACCCUCGUCCUUAGCAUUUUUAUUCUGCCAUCAAUGCACACGUACGCCGGCCUGGCUGUCAUCUGUGCGCUCAUCGGGUUUUCCAGCGGUUUUUUCUCCCUGAUGCCCGUGGUGACCGAGGACCUGGUUGGCAUCGAACACUUGGCCAACGCCUACGGCAUCAUCAUCUGUGCUAAUGGCAUCUCUGCCUUGCUGGGACCACCGUUUGCAGGGUGGAUCUUCGACAUCACGCAAAAAUAUGAUUUUUCCUUCUACAUAUGUGGUUUGCUUUACAUGGUAGGAAUUCUCUCCUUACUCAUCCAAUCAUGCAUUCAAAUUAUAGAACGAUCCAGAAGAAAAUACAUAGAUGGUGCACAUGUUUAGCGUCACGUGACUUCAGGCCGGAUUUCAUUUGUGGUACUCACGCCUACCUCGCUUGGCUGCUGUGAGGAGCUGUGAGGAGCUGUGACCGCGUGGGGAGGAACUUGGUAAAUGCCAUCGUCAUUGCUUUCUGCCAGCAGUACUGCCUCUGCUGGGGAGGCAUUGCCGGAAGGUAUUAAGGACCUUAGAGAAGACGUGUUUACAGCUUAUCAAACAAUAGGUACAAAUGCCCUCAUAAAGCUACUCUCUCUCCUCAUUCACUGGGACUAGGAUUCUAGAUACAAACACAGGGAAUAAAAGCUUGCCAACUCAUCUACUUCUUUGUAAGGUGAAACUCAAGUAUCUGUAUGCUUCUAGAAAGUGUAUGGAUAAGUGGGUUUCAAGCACAAGAAUACGACUGGAUUCAGAUAUUAAUUAUAGGGAGUUAUCGAUCACCAGUAGAAUGUAAAGAUAGCCUCCAAUCUCAAAGGUAAUACAAUUAAAGAAACACAGUUUAUAUUUUUACGAAAAGAAUUCUACAGUGAGGAAGUGCGAUUUAGAAAUCUUCCCGUAAGAGGCGGCAUUUGCCACCAAUUCUAAUUCAGUUAUUCAGUAUUGAGACGAGUUGAGCGGUAGGCCGGAUCCUGAGGCAGCCUCAACGAGCAGCUGCCACCAGUGAGUUCCUCAGCAGAAGCCUCACUAGCACACCACCAUCCAACCAAGGGCUACAUUCAAGCACUUUAUUCACAUCCUGGCCCGUCUUAGAUUAUGAGCAUGACCCAAGGCCUUGAACACCUUUUUCUGAGUUUCUCUUGCCCAACAAAUAGAGAACUAAUUGCUGAUUAACAUAUAUGCUGGUGAUUUAAUCACUUGUAGAGCAUGCUGCUGAAUCCAGAACUCGAGGCUGUCAAGUCGUGAGGGCAGACAGAAUGCCCUUGGUCUGGAUGAUGGUGCACCUGACGCUGGAGCGGUAGUGACCAGCGGCCAUCCCGGGGCCUCUGGCUGAUCUAUAGAUCAGUCACUUGCCUGAGCUGGGCACAGUUUUAAAAAUAAUUCUUUCAUUGAUCUCAUACACAAGAUGACUGUGAUCCAUGACAUAAAAUAACACCCUCCUUUAUCUGAGAUGUCUAUUUUUCUAAGCCAAACCUUUUUCAGACUGCAGAAUGUUUCUUCCAAGAAUCAUUUUGAAAUUUCUGGCUGCCUUACUUGUUUACACAUACCUUUAAACUAUUGAAAUUUCUACUUCUGGGGCUGGGGUGUAGCUCAUAGGUAGAGUGCUUGCCUAGCAAGUACAAGGCCCUAGGUUUGACCCCCAGCACUACGGACCAUAAAUAAAUAAAUUUCUACUUGCAAUUUGCUCAUCACACAAAAUCAGCCCUUUAAUAUCAUUGGCAGUGUCUUGAGUCAUAUUUAUCUAAAAUGAAUACAGCCCAUUUUCAAUUAUCCUUGGUAAUUAGAAACAGCAAUGCUAUUACAGUUCAAAUCACAGAAUACUGCCCCAUGCCUAAUUAGCAGCAGUUGCCACUGUACUCCAAGCCCCUCCAAGCCGUUCAGUGAUCAAAUGGACAAGUUUCCUUUUGUUUCAUCUCCGUUAUUGCCUACUCUGAUGUCAAGUGGGAGGCUUGCGGACUGAAAAGAGCACCAAAUAACAGGGAUAAUAAAAGGCAGCUAGUAGAAAUAAAAGCAUGGCUGAUAGACACACUUGAUAUUACCUCCAAUGAUUUGAGAAUUGCCUGUGAAUUAUUGUAGAUAAUAAUUUGCAUGUCAAACUCCAUUUGGUUUAGCACAACGACCUAGUUAUUAUUACAGCUUUGGCUGCUGUUACAAAAGUCUGCCCUCUCUGUUUUGAUUCAGUAAUCUUAAAAGUUGAAGCAAUGCUAUAUAUCUGUAUUUACCCUAAAAUUAGGAUAACUAGAUUGAAAACAUGCUGUGUGUUCUAAAAACUACAUUACUUCAUUACUUGCAUUCUCUGACAACACCAAAUGAACAAGAGGCAGUGUUAAAUCUUCUGAAUGGUGCUAUAGCCCACACGUCAGGACGCUCACACUUUGGGUGGUGCAUUGUAAGUGUGAACUUUUUAAUCCACUGACCCAGCUGUAAUUACUCCAAGUUAGACCUGCUCACAUUCAGUUUGUACACUUGUUUGUUGACUGACUGCAUUUAUGAUCUACCAAAUCAGCAGAUGUUCCCAUUUUACAAAACUGGAGUAAGACCUGCUUGCAAUAUUCAUGUUGACAUUGGAAUAUUAAUAUCAAGAAUUACAGCAAAUUUUUCCUGUUCAUGUUACUAUACACAGUUCUUUGAAGACACUAUAAAGAGUUAAUUGUAUGUUUAUAUCAUGUGCUUUAUAGUUUUCUCCUCACAUGCCCAAGUGACUUUCAUCUACAUAUAACUAAAUAAAAUUUGUCCUCUUUAAAGAUGGUGAGUUUUCAUAAAAUAUCUCUAUUCUUUUGUUCUCAAUGGGAACAUUCCUAAACUGUAGCUGAGGACUAAUUAUCUGUUUUGCUCUUCCACCUGCAACUGUGUUUCUUCAGGCCUGGUCACAGAACAUCCUGGAAGGAAUCAUUUAGGAUGUUGUUGUGUUGUGUUUGUUUAUAUGUAAGUUUGAAAAUUUAAAUUCAACUUUUAAAGACAGAAAAAUAAAUAAAAUAGAUAUAUUAAGAAUGUUCUAGCAAGAUUGAAAGAAUAAAAACCUAUGUCCACACAAAAACUAAAAAAUGUGUCUUCAUCCGAAUGUUAAAUUUAAAACACAGCUAUUGCAUUUCUGAAGUUUUUAUCUCUUGCAUAUGAACAGACACUAGUGAAUGAAGAUAUUUUGCCUUGUUGCUUUUAAAUUAAAAAUUGGAAACAAUUUACAUGUUCAUCAAUAGGAAAUAAAGUGCAGCGCUUAGUAAAAUUUAUGCAAACAUUUGGAAAAAAAAAGACUAUUCUAUAUAUGGAAUUGGAAAACAGUCUU